AUGAGGAAGUACUGGACCCGGGGAGAGGUUUGCUAUAAAAGUUUUAGUCCCUCGGAGAGAUGUACAUCGUCCUCUCUGGAUGAGGCUUACUCAGGUGGUGAGCAGGGCAGACGGCCGCUGCCCCGCUAUCCUGCCCAAUGGCAUCCAGCCAGACUCCCUCAGCUGAGCACACCGGCUCCUGUUCCCCCCUCUCUGGGCCGGCCUACACCCUGCGUCCCCCAUCGCAACAGAGAUCUUCAAGCUCCAACGUACCGCCAAAAUGCAGCUCAAGACACAAGCAAAAACAAAAUGGUGGCAGCCAUGGAACCGCCCACUUGCCUAGCACCUUCAGCCCCUGGAGGGAUACAAUCCCCGCAAAUCCGAGGCAGGCCCUACAUACCUGCUAGUGGCAGCCUAAACGCUGGGAACACAGCAACACACCACAUCAACAUCAACCUGACAAAGGUUACCGUGGUCCCUGGGAGCACACUCGGCAAAGAGGUGGGAGAAGAUGCCAGCCGACACAGAAGCAACUAA